CAGUAAUAGGGCAGUGACGUUGCCGAGUGUCCUGACGUGCGCGCCUCCCCAGUGCCCGGUGCACAGUGACGCGCCUGCAGCUCCGUGACUGGCUGAUCGCAAGAUGGCGGCCUGCGGACGUGUCCGGCUGUGGUGCUGGCUGGCGGCGAGCGCGCUACUGGCUCUGCUCUUGUGUACGAGGGUCGGGGCCCAAGGAGCGGGGCCGGAGCCGGCGGCUGUGGGGGUGGCGGCGGCGGCUCAGCCUGCGGCCUCCCAGCCCCGCAGACUCCCCGGCAUCAGACUGAUCGAGGAAGAGGCCUGCCGGGAGGACAUCACCCGCAUCUGCCCCAAGAACUCCUGGAACAACAACCUGGCCGUGCUGGAGUGUCUGCAGGACGUGCGGGAGGCGGACAACGAGAUUUCCUCGGACUGUAACCAUCUUCUGUGGAACUUUAAACUCAACCUGACAAAAGAUAUCAAGUUCGAGAAUGUGGCCAAAGAGAUCUGCAAGUCCACGCUGUCUGGGCUGAAGGAAUGUGCAGAGGAGACUCCUGGGAAGGGUUACGUGGUCUCCUGUUUGGUGGAUCAUCGUGCAAAUAUCACAGAAUACCAGUGCCACCAGUAUAUCACCAAAAUGACCGCCAUCAUAUACAGCGAUUUCCGCCUGAUCUGCGGAUUUAUGGAGGACUGCAGGACUGAGAUAAACACCCUGAAGUGCGGCAGUAUCCGACCUGGAGAGAAGGACCCUCACUCUCAGGGGGAGGUGGUCUCUUGUCUGGAGAAGGCCAUUGUGAAGGAAGCAGAGGAGACCGAUCCCCAGAUGGGCAUAUCUGAUAAGUGCAAACAGUCCAUACUGCGUGUAGCUGAGCUCUCAUCAGAUGACUUCCAUCUGGACCGACACCUGUACUUCGCCUGUAGAGAUGAUCGAGAGCGAUUCUGUGACACUGUCCAGGCUGGCGAAGGAAGGGUUUACAAGUGUCUGUUCAACCACAAGUUUGAGGAGUCGAUGAGUGAGCGGUGCCGCGAUGCCCUCACCACACGUCAGAAGCUCAUCGCUCAGGACUACAAGGUCAGUUACUCGCUGGCUAAGUCGUGUAAGGCAGAUCUGAAGAAGUAUCGCUGUAAUGUGGAGAAUCACCCCCGCUCCAGGGAGGCCCGGCUCUCCUAUCUGCUGCUGUGCCUGGAGUCUGCUGUACACAGAGGUCGCCAAGUGAGCAGCGAGUGCCAAGGAGAGAUGCUUGAUUACCGGCGCAUGUUAAUGGAGGACUUCUCUCUCAGCCCGGAGAUCAUCCUGAGCUGUCGUGGGGAGAUCGAGCACCACUGCUCUGGUCUGCACAGGAAGGGACGCACCCUGCAUUGCCUGAUGAAGGUUGUGCGUGGAGAGAAGGGGAAUAUUGCAGAAAAGUGUCAGCAGGCGUUGCAGACAUUGGUGCAGGAGACAGACCCCGCCUCAGAUUAUCGUAUAGACCGCGCCCUCAAUGAAGCCUGCGAAUCUGUCAUCCAGACCGCCUGCAAGCACAUCCGCUCUGGGGAUCCAAUGAUCCUGUCAUGUCUUAUGGAGCACUUGUAUACAGAGAAGAUGGUGGAGCAGUGUGAGCACCGUCUGCUGGAGCUGCAGUACUUCAUCUCCCGGGACUGGAAGUUGGAUCCCGUUUUGUACAGGAAAUGUCAGGGAGACGCCUCGCGGUUGUGUUAUGCCCAUGGCUGGAAUGAGACUAGCGAUAAUAUACCGACAGGAGCCAUCUUCUCCUGCUUGUAUCGGCAUGCAUACCGCACAGAGGAGCAGGGUCGCAGGUUGUCGCGUGAGUGCCGCGCCGAAGUGCAGCGUAUUCUUCAUCAGAGGGCGCUGGAUGUGAAGCUGGACCCCGCCAUGCAGGCAAAAUGCAUGACUGAGCUGGGAAAAUGGUGCAAUGAGAAGACUGAGACAGGACAGGAACUGGAGUGUUUGCAGGAUCACUUGGAAGAACUGGUACCAGAAUGCAGGGAGAUAGUGGGGAACCUCACGGAGCUGGAGUCGGAGGACAUCCAGAUAGAAGCUCUUCUGAUGAGAGCGUGCGAGCCCAUCAUUCAGGGAUACUGCCAUGAGGUGGCCGAUAACCAGAUCGACUCAGGGGACCUCAUGGAGUGUUUAAUCCAGAACAAGCAUCAGAAGGAGAUGAAUGAGAAGUGCGUGGUGGGCGUCACCCACUUCCAGCUGAUACAAAUGAAAGAUUUCCGCUUCUCUUACAAGUUUAAGAUGGCCUGCAAGGAGGAUGUUCUGAAGCUCUGCCCCAACAUAAAGCAGAAGGUGGACGUUGUCAUCUGUCUCAGCACCACAGUCCGGAACGAUACGCUGCAGGACCUGAAGGAGCAGAGGGUGUCCUUAAAGUGCCGCAAGCAGCUGAGAGUCGAGGAGCUGGAGAUGUCAGAGGAUAUCCGCUUAGAACCAAAGCUCUACGACUCCUGCAAAAGCGACAUAGCUGCCCUCUGCCCAAGUGUGCCCUUUGGAAAUGCUCAGAUUAUUGAGUGUCUCAAAGAAAAUAAGAAGCAGCUGAGCUCUUCUUGUCAUCAGAAAGUCUUCAAGCUCCAGGAGACAGAGAUGAUGGAUCCUGAACUUGAUUACACACUCAUGAGGGUCUGCAAACAGAUGAUUAAGAGAUUUUGCAGUGAAACAGACCCCAAGAACAUCCUGCUGUGUCUGAAGCAUAACAAGAACACCGAGACCAUGGACCCCAAAUGUAAACAGAUGAUCACAAAGCGGCAGAUCACGCAGAAUACAGAUUAUCGCCUGAAUCCUGUGCUCCGCAAAUCCUGCAAAGCGGAUAUCCCCAAAUUCUGCCAGAACAUUCUAAACGAGGCCAAAGACGACACUGAGCUGGAAGGCAAAGUCAUCUCCUGCCUGAAGCUGAAAUACGCCGACCAGCGUCUGUCUCCAGACUGUGAGGAUCAGAUUCAGGUAAUAAUCCAGGAGACGGCGCUGGAUUACCGGCUGGAUCCUCAGCUGCAGAUGCAAUGUUCUGAAGAGAUUAAUACACUGUGCGGGGAGGAGGCUGCAGCUCAAGAGCCUACAGGUCAGGUGGAAGAAUGUCUGAAGAUGAACCUGCUGAAAAUAAAGGCUCCUCUUUGCAAGAAGGAGGUUCUGAACAUGCUGAAGGAGAGUAAAGCGGACAUCUUUGUGGAUCCCGUACUGCACACUGCCUGCGCGCUGGAUAUUAAGCAUCACUGUGCCGCCAUCCCGCCAGGCAAAGGACGCCAGAUGUCCUGCUUAAUUGAAGCGCUGCAGGAUAAGAUGGUUCGGCUGCAGCCAGAGUGCAAGAAGAGACUGCAGGACCGGCUGGAUAUGUGGAGUUACGCAGCCAAGGUGGCCCCGGCUGAUGGAUUUUCAGAUUUGGCAAUGCAAGUGAUGACCUCUCCAUCCAAGAACUACAUCCUAUCAAUCAUUAUGGUGGGAGUUUGCGUCUUAUUCUUUGGAGGCCUUCUGUGUGGGCGCAUCACCAAGAGGGUGACACGAGAGAUGAAGGACAGCUACAAGAAAAUGUGCCGAUAACUGCACCCAAGCCUGCAGCAUAGUCCGACACUCCAAGCAAACCCCCUACUCAUUAAAGCCAGGACUGCAACCACAGACCACCCCAGACCCCGUAACCGGCUUUAACUCCAUCAGUCCUGUACUGCCGUACUGGUUGUGCAAUAUACACUGGAGCUAAGCCUGCUGUGCACAGGGAACCAGUCGCUUCCACAUAACGAGUACAUUUUCUUUCUGUAAAUGGUUUUCCCCUUGUGUAUAGAUGACGUCAUUCUCAUCAUGCUGUGUCAUAUUGAAAUGUUACCGA